AUGAAUAACUGUUUUCAAAAUUUUGACAGUACAUUAGGUGGUAGGCAAGUUUUACCUGCUACUUACAAUGUAUCAGAUUUUUUAAAACACAGAAUGGAAGAAGUUGUCAUGUUAACUGAAGCCGUUAAUGAAAAACCUUUUAGAGGCCAAGGAUUUCAAAGAUUACCCAAACAUUUAAGAAGAAGGCAAAUGAGCCAUUACUCAAAAAAGUUACCUAGAAGGCUUCAGGGCACACAGAGUAACGAUGAAGUGCCUGGUCCUGGUAAACGUCCCAGUAGGAAAUUUAGAAGAAGACCAAGUAAUUUACAACAAGAGUAUUGCCAAAGACAGACAAAAAAUACAUGGCUUGAAACUCACAUUUGGCAUGCUAAGAGAUUUCACAUGACUUCUAAAUGGGGGUAUAUGAUUCCUGAAAAAUGUACUACUAAAAAUUUAAGAUGUUUAUACAGAGCAAUUUGUAGAAAUGCAAUUCUAACAGAUAUUUCAUAUUACAAUUGUAUUCAAUUGGAAGGUCCUGAAAUCAAAUUGUUAGAAAAUUUAAAAAAAUGUACAUCUCCUGAUUGUGGAUUGACAUUUGGAGCAAAAAUAUUUUUAAAUGGUGAAAAAGAAGGUCAUCUUCCAUUUUUUUACCCUGAUUCAUAUCCUCAAGGGAUAAUUGGACAUUUAUCAUUUAUCUGGAAGCCUUAUAAUAAUCUAGACUCGAAAAGAACUCUUUGGAUUUGGGUUCAUCCAUUAAUUCAUUUUUCUGUCAAAAAAUGUCUUGAAAAGUUAUUCAAACUUAAAAAUAUUGAAGAAUGUGAUACAUCUAAAGAUAUUGAUAAAAAUAAUACUGAAAUACAAACAAUAAAAACGGAAAACUCGAGCGAUCUUAAUAAAGAUAUGGAUUUGAUGAAUAUUAAGUCGAAAAUAAAGAAUGUUCCUUUUGAUAAAACACCAAAAUUUGUGUCUGAAGAUCAAUUAAUAACCAUGACUCUACUAAAAGAUACAUUAAAUAGAUUUCAGGUUACAGGACCAGUUUCACAAAAUGUUAUUUGUAAAGUUUUUAACUUAAUCGAAAUACAAAAUAAUAAUAAUAAAUCAAAAGAAGUAAUUGAUACAGACAAUGAUUACGAACCAUCUAAAAAAAAAAUCAAACAAGAUACAGACUUGAAAAAAACUUAUGAGAAAAAAUCCAAAUGGUGGCAAGAAUAUUAUAGAGAAGAAACAAACAAAAAAAGUUGGGAUAGUCAAAAAAAAUUUUUUUUUACAUUAAAUGAAUGUACUAAACCUACUGACAUACCUUCUGGUUCUGUAAUACCAUUAGUUAUUGGUGAUCCCAGAUUGACAAUGCCUGAACGUAUUCAAAAAAAAAUUGAACCAUUAAAAAAAUCACCAUCAAUCCUUGAAAAUUAUUUUGAAUCAAUUUUUUUUAAUAGUCCAAUUUGGGAACCUCAUAUAAGGGAUGAAGUUUCUAUGAGUAAAUUAUCUCAGGUACAAAUAAAUAAAGCGAGAUCAAAAAAAAUAGUUCCUGGUGGUGCAUCGAAUAGUGUUAUCCCGGAUACAAAUUUACCAAGAAUCCCAAUACUAUUAGUUCAAAGGCCUGGAACUGCAAAUAUUAAAAAUAGACCAAAUGGAUUCGGUAGCGGUUUCGAUAUAAUUUGUCCAGCAGAAUAUGGUGCAGCAAUUUUAGAAGCUUUUUCUAUUAAAAAUGUACACAUUGGAGGAUUAAGAGAAAUCGAACUCCUUAAUUUCGAAUGUAGAAAUUUUAAUUAUUAUUUUCAACCGGAUAGUGAGGCGGGAAAAAUUACGAGCGAUAAUUUGGCACAAUUUUAUAAAAAUCGUUACCGUAAUUUACCUCCGAAUGCUCGAACCAAUUUUAUUAAACUAAGAAGUCCUACACCCUUCCACUGUGCUUGGGAUUUAUUGAUUAGAGAUUGGAUUAAUUUAAUUGACGAUAAAAAAAUUCAUAAUAAAUUUAAUUAUAAAGUUUUGAGAAAUAAAAAACAUUUGAGAGAAUUGAGGGAAGUCGUUAAUAAACCGCAAACUUUUAAUUUUUCCACAAUGAAAAAAUUAAUGGAUGCCGCAGGAGAAAAUUGUUUAAUUCCAGUAGUUAUAGAAUUUGUUAAAAAAGGUAAACCAACGGAUUUAGCUUUAAUUUGUUUGCCGAAAAAAGAAGAUUUGUUAAGUGGUAAAGAACCGGAAGAGAAAAUUCAUACUGAUAUAAAUAAAAAAAAAAUAAAUGAAAAUAUACGUGACGAAGAACAAAAUCACGUGCAAGAACCUUUACCGAUUAAACGUGAAGAAAAUACACGUGAUACCGUCGAAGAAUCAUCAUCAAAAAAUUCUAAAAAAGAAUCCAAUUGGGUUCCAAAUCUCUCGGAAUUAAAUAACAUAAUAAAUUUUCCAUCCAGAACAUUAAUGGGAUACGUUACGGUAGGAGAUUUUGGUUUAUCCUCAGGGAAUUCGUCGGGAUUGGGAUAUGUUUCCAUUUUGAGUUUAUUUGAAAUCAUCAAAAUGGUCAACGAAUGUAAUUCAACGUCGUUAAAGGUUUUGGUUAAAAAUCCAACUCAAAGAAAUUACAAAUUUGCCAAACUAACCGUGCCAGAGGAAUAA